CCCCCUUAGAUGAGUUUAUUUUCAAUGCUCUGGGGUGGAUCUGGAAGAACUGCCAUUGGCUUUCCUGUAGUCUCUUGCCAAGAGGUCACAACAGCUUGUCAGUACUUAGAGCAGCAGCAUUACUCUUACUUCAUUUUCAUAAGCAUUGGGUAUCAUCCCUGAUGAAGAGCUGAUCAUUCAGAGCCUGUUGAUGCUGAAAAGUUUGUACUCGUAGUGGAUGAGCUGGUGCCAGAAGCCGUUGUUGAGUCACAUGAUGGGAUGGCAAGACUCAACCCAGGCACGGGCACUCGCCAAGGAUGUGGAGCAGUGCUUCAGAAGAUAGGCCAAGCAGAUGGUGGGGACCUGCUCACCGUGGCAGCACAGUGCAGCAGCAUCUGGCCCCUGUGUGUCCCCAUGCUGUGGAUCUUAGCUGCUAUGGAGCCUAAGCAGCUGGAGAUCACCUCUGCAGACUUGGACCUCGACCUGGACAGCCAUUUGCCCAACAGCCCUCCAUCCAACUUGGCCAGCCGCGCCAGCCGCCAUGACCUGCUGCUCCUGGAGAAGAAGGUAAAACACUUUGAAGAGGCCAAAAAGAAGACUGAACGUUUCCACGAACAUUUAAAGCAGCAGUUUUUGAAAGAACAGGAGAGAAAGAUGGCACGGUGGAAGAAGGCAUCUGAAAGGUUUGAAAAAUCACUGGAAGUGUUCAGUCGCAGAAGUGGGAAGUCAUCUGUCCCUUCGGCCGAUCGUUUGUCUGCGAGUGAAGUGACGUCCUUGGAACAGGCAGCUGCUACCGACGGAGAAGAGACCAAGAGACAUGUCUAGAGAGCUCCUCCUGCAGGCUAUGCCAGGGCUCCCACCCACAUCCUGCCAACCUACUCGAAUUUUCAGUUUGUCCUUUUAGUAAGAGAACACUCGGUCAUGUUGCAGCAAUAAACCAGGACAAUCCCUCC